AUGGCGGCGUUGAGAAUAAGAAAAAUGAGCUACUUUGGGGUUUGGACCUUUCCUGUAAUAGUGGCAGUGGUCUGUGCGCAAAGUGUCAAUGACCCUAGCAAUAUGUCAAUCGUAAAAGAAACUGUGGAUAGACUGUUGAAAGGAUAUGACAUUCGCUUGAGGCCGGAUUUCGGAGGUCCCCCUGUGGGUGUUGGGAUGAAUAUAGACAUAGCCAGCAUAGACAUGGUAUCUGAAGUCAAUAUGGACUAUACAUUGACUAUGUAUUUCCAGCAAGCUUGGCGAGACAAGCGGUUAUCCUACUCAGAGAUUCCCCUCAAUCUCACCCUGGAUAACCGGGUAGCGGAUCAGCUGUGGGUCCCGGACACCUACUUCCUAAAUGACAAGAAGUCUUUUGUCCAUGGUGUCACUGUGAAAAACAGAAUGAUUCGACUGCAUCCAGAUGGCACUGUGCUCUAUAGCCUGAGGAUCACCACUACAGCAGCUUGUAUGAUGGACCUGAGACGAUAUCCACUGGACGAGCAAAACUGCACAUUGGAGAUAGAGAGCUAUGGGUACACCACUGAUGACAUAGAGUUCUACUGGCGAGGAGGUGACAACGCUGUGACGGGGGUGGAGAGAAUAGAACUCCCCCAGUUCUCCAUUGUGGACCACAAACUCAUCUCCAAGAAUGUCGUCUUCUCUACAGGAUCCUACCCCCGACUCUCCCUCAGCUUCAAGCUAAAAAGGAACAUCGGCUAUUUCAUCCUGCAGACCUACAUGCCCUCUAUCCUGAUCACAAUCCUCUCCUGGGUCUCCUUCUGGAUCAACUAUGAUGCCUCUGCUGCCAGAGUGGCUUUAGGAAUCACCACUGUGCUGACCAUGACCACCAUCAACACUCACCUGCGGGAGACCCUUCCUAAAAUCCCUUAUGUCAAGGCCAUUGACAUGUACCUGAUGGGCUGCUUCGUCUUCGUUUUUCUGGCCCUGCUGGAGUACGCCUUGGUCAACUACAUCUUCUUCGGCAGGGGACCCCAGCGCCAGAAGAGGGCGGCUGAGAAAGCAGCCGUCGCCAACAACGAGAACAUGAGAAUGGAUCCAAACAAGUGGUUGGUGGGAAAUGUAGUUCAGAGAGACGAUACUCUGUAUGCGCGAAUGAAACAGAGGGAUAUUGACGCUCAUGACUCAAUGUGGGAACCAAUCUUUGUGGAUGAUGCAGCGAUGGGACUAGGCGAUCAAAAGAAUAAGAUGGACCCACAUGAAAACAUUCUACUGGGAACAAUAGAAAUUAAGAAUGAGAUGGGAGCGUCGGAGCUGACCCUUGGUCUCAGUGACCCCAGGAGCACAAUGUUAACUUAUGACAGCUCCACCCUGCAGUACCGCAAAGCAGGGCUGCAGGCCAGGCACAACUUUGGACGCAACACUCUGGAGCGGCAUGUGACUCAGAAGAAGAGCCGGCUACGGAGGCGUGCUUCUCAGCUGAAGAUUAACAUUCCCGACUUAACUGAUGUAAACUCUAUCGACAAGUGGUCGAGAAUGAUCUUCCCCACUGUAUUUUCCUUGUUCAACAUUAUCUAUUGGCUCUACUACGUCAACUAA